ACUGCGGACUCCCGAGAAUAUAGAUAGCUCACAGAAAUAAGAAUAUUUAUGGAUAUGCUUCUAACAUACUUUUUCAGAUGACAUGAUGGCUUGCGUGUGGUGCCAACUUUUACAAGCAGUCUGAGUCGUAAUCCGGAUUUUGUUUAAUUUUGGUGGAAAUUUGAAGCGGGGAAAAAUUUGAAGUUUUUGUUAAACUUCCGUGUAAACGAGAAACAUGCUGAAGCUCGAGGUGAUUGCUCUCGUGCUCUACGUCUUUCCAACACAGCUGUUGUCAAUCCAGGUUACUGUUCCUCAAACGGAGAGAUACACAACUCUGUUUGCUUCUGUCAUUCUACGGUGUGACUACUCCACAUCUGCAAACCAACAAGAUGUCCUGGUCACAUGGCGAUACAAGUCUUUCUGUCUGGAUCCAAUCCUGGAAUAUUACUCAACUGCAUACCAAGCAGCUUUGGCCCUUAAGCAGGACCCAGCUAAUGAUUGUCCAGACAGUCAGCGUACUAUUCGCAUAGUGAUUCAGAAAAGGGGCAUCAAUGAAGCUACUCUGGGGACAGAGUAUCGACAGCGCAAGAUCUCUUUACAAAACACUGCAGACCUGGUUAUCAAUGAGGUCAUGUGGUGGGACAACGGCAUGUAUUACUGCUCCAUUGAUGCAGCCGGUGAUGUUGUGGGAGACUCUGACAAGGAAAUAAAACUCAUCGUGUAUCACUGGUUGACUGUGUUGCUCAUCAUUCUUGGGGCAUUGCUGCUGAUCAUACUCCUGGGUGUCUGCUGUUGUCAGUGCUGUCCUCAGAAUUGCUGCUGUUAUGUGCGUUGUCCCUGCUGUCCUCGCACUUGUUGCUGUCCAGAAAAAGCGGUAAUGCACCACAAGAUGAUGCGUGACGCUCAAAAGGCAAUGGUACCAUGGCUUCAUGGACAGCCCAUUUAUGCCCCUAUUGCUUCAAAUGCAUCUUCUCAGGGAAACCCAUUACUGUAUUCAGGCUCUUUUUACGAAACUCAAUCCAAACACAACAUUCCCAUGGGCCCAGUGGCCAUUCCUUCCCCUCAACCAGCACCGCCCUUCGCACCUCCCCAUGGAUACCAUGCCAAUAGCACCAUGAAUGGGAAUGCACAUGGAAAUAACCAGGUGUUAGAUUUUGUGGAGAACCAGGUUAGAGGGAUGAAUAUGGGAACCUCUAUGCUCCAGUCUCAGCAUCACUACCCAGCAGUCCCACUUCAAAACCUUCAACCUCAAUAUAUGGCCUCACAACCCCAACCCACACUGCAGUCUGUGUCCUUUUCAGCCAGGCCACCCAGCAUGCUCUCAGCCCUUGAUGAGAUGGGUGUGCAAGGUGUAGAGCGCAGAAUCAUCCAACUGCCUCCCAUUGUGGGCCGAGCAAAACGAAGCUCUCGGCGGGCUAAUGAUGGUGCCCGUGGAAGACCUCGGCAGUCUAGUCAAUCCAGUGGUAGUUCCAAUCGCACAGGUCAUCAUCGGGAUAACUCCUGGAGGGAGCCAGCAUCUUCACAGAGAGGGAUCCCACGCAGCUACAGUGACGAGUCAGACUGGAAUGACAGGCGUGAAGGGCGAGGUUCUGCAGGACGCAGAGGAGGUUCAGGUUCAGACAGGUUUCGUCCAUGCACCCUCAGUAAAGGGGAGCUGUUGGAAGAGUUGGAGCGUGCGACUAAUCGGAGGGACAGGAGUUAUUCACCAGCUCCACGCAGGGGCUCCUGGAGUUCAGAUGAGGAGGACAGUUAUAGAAUUGAAAAACGAUCUCAAGGGAAAUUGUCUGAGAAACCACCAGCUUACUCUUCCAUUGACAUUUUGCCUGGCCACAGCAGGAGGAGCGACCAUUUCUCAGAUAAGAGUUCUCGCAGUUGCACAAGCAUGGUGAUCUGAAUCCUCAGCCUGCCUUGUCCUUCAUUUCCAAACUGAUCUGUCACUACUCACCACCUUCAUGAAUGUCUACUAUCAUUAGGACUAAUGGUGCUCUUUUGCACUAAAAUUAAAAAUGUAUCACAGGUGGACUGCAUUAGAUAUCUGUAAGACAGUGAAUGCACAUAUGCCUUUUUCAUUAUUUUUUUACAUGUAUUUUAGCUAUUUUAUUUUAAGCUGUAGAUAUGCAAUCACUAGAAAACAUGUGUUUGUUUUAUACUACUAAUGGAACUUUUUAUUGUAUAUUGUUAAAGGAAUAUUCUUAAUUCAGAACAAAUUAGGCUCAAUCGAAAGCAUUUUGUGGCAUAUUGUUGAUUAUCACAAUUUAUUUAGACUCAUCCCUCCUUUAAAAAAAAGCAUGGAAGUGGGGGCCUGGGUAGCUCAGUGGUAAAAGACGCUGGCUACCACCCAUAGAGUUUACUAGUUGGAAUCCCAGGGCAUGCUGAGUGACUCCAGCCAGGUAGAGUCACAUGGGUUAACCUCCUCAUGGUGUGAUGCCACGGUGGAUGGCGUGAAGCCUCCACACGUGCUAUGUCUCCGUGGUAACGUGCUCGACAAGCCACGUGAUAAGAUACGCGGGUUGACGGUCUCAGAUGCGAAGGCAGGAUUUGAGGUGAAUCACUACACGAGAACUAAAAAGCAUUUUGAGAACUGGGCAGUCCAAAUUGGGAGGGAAAAAAAAGCAUGGAAGUGAUUGGGGCCAAUCGGUAAAUGUUAAAAUACUCAAGUGUAGCCACAAAACGUAAACGAUAUGUGUGUUAACAUGAUUUUAAUGUGACUAAAUCACUUGGUAAUCUUUUGUGUGUACAUUUACACCCAAUUUCACAACUUCGUUGCCAUGACGACAUAAUUCCGUAAAUCUUAAAACAACUUUAAACAGCUUUACAGCUCCAUAAUACAUUAGUUUAACAGAAGAAUGAAUGUAAGUGCUUUUAUAAAAUGAUAAGCUUCUCAUUUCUGCCUUUUAAACCCUCCAAAAAUUGGCCCCAUUCACUUCCAUUGGAAGUGUCUCACUGUAACCACGAUUUUUGUUUGUUUUAAAGAAAAGGAUGGACAAGUCAAAAUUAUUUGUUGUGGUAAUCAACAUUAUGCCAUAAAUGCUGGCAAUUGAGCCAGAAAUAUUCCUUUAACCACAAACAGGGUUUCUGGUAUUUGAUUAGAACAAUAUUUGGAUGACGCUCAGUGGCACUUCAGUGAAGGUUAUACAUAAAAUAGCCUCUUGUUCAUUUAAGUGUUCUGUUUACUUCAGUUUGCUCUUUGGAGAAGUUAUUUUGUUGGUUUAGUUGUUUGUUUUCAUGUUUGGUACUGUCAUCUAAAUACAAUGUUUAUCAAGAGAAAGAUAACUGUUUCAGAGUCAGUAAAAAUGUCUUUGUUAUUAGUCGCAUUAAAAAACAACACAAUAAUAACACUCAAUUCUUACAUGAGCUGUAUCAUCGGUUUCAAAGAGAACAUUUUUCAAGGUCCUUUGGUUGACUCUUGAGUCAUGUGCUGAAAUUGCUAUAGACCUGGUUGGCAGUUACUUUUACAGAUUGUAUAUUAUAUGGAACAGCUGUUUGAAUACCUUCCUGCAUACAUGUGACUUUUUUUUGGUCUGAAAAAUGUCUAGACUUUCCUCAAAAUUAUAUUUGACUGUUAUUACAAUAUGUACUUACGCAUUAUUUUAUAAUGAAUUAUUAUGAAUAAUAAUAAACAUG